CCUCUCGGGAAACUCGUGCGAACGCAUCUCCACGAAUUCACGAUCCUCCGUGUAGUAAGUAGGAUUUUAUUCGUCUCAAAUCCAAUUCAAAUUCGAAUUCCAACAUCUGGACGACGACCAGGGGCACUUGUUCAAUAUUUCAUUCGUGUUUUUAGAAAGAUUUUUGCAAGUCUUCCUUUCUAAACUGAAUCGGGGAAUUUGACUUGACUCGGCAUCACAGACUUACGAACGUCUCGGAUUUCCUAUAUAGACCGCUACGUGAAGAAGUGGUGGUUUCGAAGAUGUGAGUUUUGGACCAGUAAAAGUACACAAGUUGAAUAAUAGCAUAUUGGACAAAACUAGUUCUCAACACACGGGUGGUGUGUGCGUAGGUACGAGACCGUCUGAAACAUGGAAAGGGAAAGGACAGACCACUAAUAAAUAUUACCCAACCAGUUUUUACCCGACUCAGUUAAGACUUGGUCUUCAACCGGACCGGAGCUAGUGAAUGAACUGGUUGGUUUAGUUCAAAUUCGAAACUUUAAAAUCUCAUGUGCAUACGCGAGGUUCCAGUUUGGUGAACAUUUGAAAACUUUCAAAUUUGAAAGAACAGUUGUACUCAACCCACCUUUGUCCAUGGGUUCAACCCAAUUCAUUUGUGUCUAAAUUGAACCACGGAUAUAAAUACAUAAAAAAACUAACGAAUGGGUGAAACAGUUGACUGGAACUGCAUAAUAAAUCCAUUUAUAAUCUAUUAGAGACAGUUCCAUCCUCAAAUAUCGGAACACGCGUCCCUCCUGCUGUGUCUUGGAAAUACUGGUCAAAUGGAACUCGAGAUCUUGGGACCAUUCUUAAUAUCACUGUUUUUGUCGUAACCCGGCCCAUCAUCUCUCAUGGUGUUUAAACUCACGUCGUAGUACGUUCGUUUCGCUAACUUGAGACUUAAGAAAUCCUGAAUCUUCAAGAGAUGAAGAACAAGUCGUAAAACAAGACUACUGGAUGCACACAGUCUCAUGUGUGUGUGUGUACAAGGAAUGAAUAAGCAAUUCAACUGUAGUGAGUGCCGAUUUGUAGAAAACAGUCGUAGGAGCAAAUAUCCCACUGCUGCUGCUACCAACUAUUUCUUUCAUACUUUUUGAAGCCGAGGACGGAUAAAGCUAUCAUAAUUUCUUGAAUAGAUGAGGAGAACAGAGCAGAAAGGAGUGUGAGAGGGGGACCGGCGAAUGAAAGUUCUUCUUCUCAUGAGACGCGGAGAUGAUUUAUGCCCACAUUGGGAAAAAAGUGUUACCGUUUAAAUAAAAGGGUGACGUGCGUUUUGGUGUGUAUACAUUCAUACGUUGCGUACAUAUGCGUAACUCUUUCAGUUUACCUGGAGGGAUGAGAUGAAAGAAUGUGUGUGGUGGAGUAUAAAUACAAAACCAUUUGUGUAAACUUGGCUGAUAAUAAUAACAAAACACCAGAUAUAUUUCCAGCAGCCUUUCUAAAAUGUAUUCAGCUUAGAGCAUUUCAAGCUUUCAAAUAGUCCUAGCUCGACUUCUAUACACAUGCAAACAGAGGAGUUGAGAAAUCCGUCAUUUCUUUGAGAGGCAACAAAUCUCACUUUUCAGCUUAACGUGAACAUUAUCCUGAAAAUCGCCGAAUUUGACCUGAACUGUGUUACUCGCUACCUGUAUUUAUUGCGGGGAAAGUAAAGCGUGUAAAAUAAUCUACGUAUGCAAAAGUGUUGAAGUGAAGUGAUAAUGUGAGCACAUUGUUUGCUUUUAACUCGUAUUUACCCAGAGAUCAAUUAAAUUUGUAUACUCAGCCAGCAGAAAAAGUGCAAUGCUCACAAAAAGUGUAUAGGCAGAUGGGAAUCUGGGAUGAUUUAACUCACUCUUGAGACUAUGCAAGACAUUGUUCUCUCUCUUGUUUAACAAGUACUUCUCAAUCCCAAUUAAGAUUUCAAGUGAUUAGUCGCCUGUCCAAAGAAACAUAGGGAACAAGAUUAUAAGAAAUAUAUAGGAGUCAUGCAGAAGCCUCUGGUUUACUUAUGACAUCAACUCUUAAAUUAAUAUAGCAAGCUAAAUAAAGAUGUUGUUGCAACACAACAAACAAUUUGUAUUUCUGUGUUGGCAGUAAUAAUGAGGAGAUGAGAAGGAGUGGUGGUAAUUGCUAACCAAACAGGGAACACCAAAAAGAAAUAUUGGAUUUGUAAUUAGAGUUUGACGUGAAUUCGACUAUGAUUUCUUAGUUAUCAGUCGACCACAAGAGGUGAGAGACUGAGAAGGUGUGAGGAGAGAUGGAGAGUAUUUAUACCUAAUACUGGCUUAAAAGUUAAAGAUUGCUAGUUAUGCCAUCUCAAGUUUCUUGGCCCUUGUGAGACAGAUAAUAAUAAAAUUUAAUAGUUUUCUUCGUUUCAAAUUCCUAUACCCAAGCGACGUAUUCAUCAAUUUCUUCUCCUUAACGUCAAAAAGUGACAAACCUAAACUGCGUGGAGUUGUUUUUCCACACUUUCCUUUGGAUUCCAAAACAACACCAAACCAUGAAAAGAAAAUGUGUAUGAAGAUUCCUCGAAAUGUUUGAAACAUUCCUUAUCACGUUAUAAAAUAACUGAAAAUUGCUUGGAAAUUUUAUUUUGACAACAAUUGACGUACCGAGUUCGUAUAGAACCAAUUACAUCGUGCCACGAGAAACCUCAUAAAAAAUCCUGCUUUGAAAAGAAAUGGAAAAGUUAUUAAUAUCUUCAUAGCUCGCCAAUUCUAAACUUAUCAGUUGCCACAAGUACAGAUGAUCAUACAGUGUUUUGUUUUAUUAUCCACUUUAUUUGCAUUGUGUGCUCCAAUCUGAGACAAUAAUAAUCCACUCAACAUGGCGAGCAUAUCUUCAGAAGAAAACACGUUUCCACCCCAUCCUUACAAUCGUGAGGAUGACGAUGAAGAAGGCUCGAUAGUGUUUCAACCCCAAAAUCCAUACCCCAGAGAACAAUCAGAGGAUAAAAAAAAAUCGUGCAAAUCCAACUGCAUAAAUGGAAGUCUUCUAGCGCUGAAGUCCUUAUUAUUCAUCUUUUAUGGAGGGGUUGGAACAAUUUCAACGUGGCUGAAUCACACGCAAGUUUCCUCAAGAUUUAGUGAGAGAGAAAGUUUGCUGAUUUACGGAAUUUCUUCGCUUCUGUCCCUGGGCACCCCAGUUAUAUUUGGACUUAUCUCAGACAAGACGGGCUCACCGAGAAAGGUGUUGGGGAUAUGUCUUUUAUUGGCAGGGCUUCUCUACCCGCUGAUCAUGGCCGUGCCCCCCGCAGAACCCUUCCGAUACCGGGAUCGGAUCCAGUGGUGCAAGGAGACGUUGACGAAGGAGAAGCUCGAGAAGAACGACCCGCUGCUUGGGAACGCCUACACGUCUUCCGCCUCCUGCGUCCCCAAUCGCCUCGUCUGCCCCCACACCUCGACCUACUCCGAGCUCAUCAGCGACCACGGCGGCUGCAGUGACAGAUGUUCUGGCAAACUCCUCAUCUCGGGAUGUCACUUCAAAUGCAAUGACUCGAUGGACUACGACUAUGACGAUGGACCCAGUGCCCAAAGACAAACUUCGCCCCGAGAAGACGAACGUGCAGUUGAGGAUGAAUCGGAUUUUGGCACGUCGCCACAUUUGUGUGUAAAGGAUGACCCUCACUUCAAAUAUAAGAAUUUGUGUUUCGCCUUUGACAAAUAUAUGCAUGAAAUCCCAUUACAAGCGGCUGGGAUAUCAGGUUAUGCAGACACUGAUGGAAAAUGUCACUACCCUCUCAUUGGUUCCUCGGAGAGUGGAGAGCAACGGAGCCUUUUGUCCUGUUCUCCUGUGUCUCCACAUUGUCAUGUUUCCUGCGACCUUCGUUGGGACACCGCCGGGGAGGAUGACCAAUGGACUUGUCAGUCCGACUUUGUCCAAUGGUUCAUCUCAUUUAUCUGCUUCGUGGGAAUCCAUACCCUUGGAACGAUGCUAGUGAUCUCUGCAGCUGGACUGUUGAACUCUGCCAUUGUGUCCAUGUCCCACGAACACAGUGGUUACUUUGGCUGUCAGUACACCUAUGCGGCGCUCGGAUAUGCGCUGGUCCCUCCAGGAACGGUUCUCCUCUUCGACCUCGUCCACUCCAUUGUCGAGGUCCCCUGGAAGUUGGAGUAUCUAGCGGCCUACUCAAUCUGGCUGUUUGUCUGCGCACUCCUCGUCUUUUGCCUGCCCUACCACGCGGAGUGGGUUCCAAAGCCCAAGACGGUCGGCCCCAUGAUUCGUCGCUGGUCGGGCCGCGGUCAUUCACUAAUGUUCUUUUGCAUGAUUGCAAUUUUGGGUUGCUUCCAAAUUCUUAAUGAUGUCUUGUCAUUCUACCAAAUCAAGUCUGUUGGAGGUUCCCUUCUGCUAAUUGCCAUUGGUGCUACGGCCACAGUUGCACCAGCCCUCGUCUUCAUCUGCAGAGUGGAGAAAGUCAUCGACUACUGUGGACAUCAAAACAUCUUUGCCAUCGCGUUGGUCGUUGUGUCUCUACAAUUUACAGGUUACGCUUACUUAACGGAUGCUGAACCAGAAUGGAGCUUUUUAUUGAAAGCGAUGGAAACUUUUUCCGUUUUGAUGGUGUGGAUCACUGCCUCUUACACGACGUAUGCCGCCGCCCCCAGAAGUCUAGUUGCCACGUGUCAGACGAUUGUUGUGACCAUUUAUUGUUGCAUUGGUCGUGGAAUUGGGGGCAUAUUUGGGUUUAUCUUCUUAACAUUCAUCCCCAAAGAUCUCCUUUUGAAAAUUUUCUCAUUGCUCGCCGUGUUCAUCUGCGUCCUAUUUCUGAUGGUGCACUACUGUUGUCUCAAACCACUCCCUUACCACCGACAUGACCAUGAUCGCCCAGGAUCGGCAGCUCCUAGCGGAAGAUACACCCCAUUAAAGUUAAUAAAUGGGAAGGAUAAAAAUUUAGCCAAGGAUGAAGACCUGGAUGAAAAAGAAAUCAACGCUCCUGAUGACUGAUGAUGAGAUUAAUAUGUAUUAGUUAAGUUAAUUACUUACCGUGUGUACAUAGAUAUGAAAGUAUUUAUACUCGAUACUUUGUGUUAUCUGGCAUUUAUACGGCAUUGUAAUUGCCAGUUUAUUAGUAAACAAUGGUGUCUUUUACUUUAAAAAACAACUGCUUAAUAUACUGUACGCUGGAGAAUUUAUGACCACUACAAUUUUUAAUUAGAAAAUUACUACGAGCUUUUUGUACUUCCAGGCCAGCCUCAGAACAAAAUCAAAUUAUUCAGGAAAACCAACCAUUUUGCACAUCCAAUAAUGUUGUUCAUAUUGUACUCGUAAUUAAAUGUUGUGGCCUUUUAAACCACAUUGAUGUUCAAUUAUAUUACGGCUGACUAUUUGGUGCAAGCACAUUUUACGAUAACACAGCAACAAAGUUUCCCAUUCUUAUUUCAGAAUAAGUACAACUUUUCUCUCUUGAUUAUUUCCUAAAAGUGAGUAUGACCUAAAAAUAUUUAUUAACUUUACCUUUGUAAAUUCAAAUAAUAACAAAACCACAGCUUUAAUACAUGCACAUUAAGUAAAGAGUCAUGAACUAAUUGAUAUAUUAUUUUUUGUAAAAAAAAAUAAACUCAUACCGAAAACGGA